CAAGAUCUGCAAGCUUCUCGCCAAGCUUUUCUCGCCAAUCUUGCGCAAAUGGCAUUCCAAGAGAGGCAGCUUGGCUCCAAGUCGGACGGGUGGCCGCGCUGGUGGUUCUUAGGCGCCGCGGGCGCGCUGGCGCCCCCCGACACCGUGGCCGAACGAAGGCAGUUCGCCUCGCUGCCGAGGCAGUUCUUGCACGCGCGGUCCCCGAGCCGGACCGCCCGCACACCUUCGCCGCACAGGCGGGGCUCGCCGAGUCCGGCGCCGCUUCCGGAGCCGAUCUUGGCCUGGGAAGAGGCAAUUUCGGAGGUUUGUGCCGCGCCUCCGGCGCGGCGAGGUGCUGCCUCGCUCCCCUCGCAGGACCAGGGCAUGGCGCUCGCGGUGCAGCGCAUCCGCGUGCUCAGGGAGUUGCCCCAAGGCAAGCGGUCCUCUGCCAAACGCAAGGAGUUUUGCUUCGGACAUCUCGUUGCCAUGCCUCUGGCUCCGCCCUUGAAUAUGUCCUCGCGGCAAUAGAUCCCCGGCCGCUGGCAAGGUGAGACCUCUCGUUGCACAUGCCCCGCAUCCGCCUCUCUUCGCCGAAGC